AUGACAACAAAAAUCAUUCACUUCAUGGUUAAUGGGAGGCCGGAGCAAGCAGAGUUUGGAGCCGACUGCUCUGCUGCAGAUGUCAAAGAUCUGUUCCGGGCGGCUGCGGAGGCAGGGCCUCACCACAUCCUGAAGUUGUACAACACAAACGGCAGUGUGGUGAACAUCUCCCCCCUGCUGGAAGCCAACAGCGAGGACUCGUACUUCCGACUGGAGGUGGUGGCGUCAAAUCUAAAGAGUGUGGGGAUGCCAAAAGAGCUGGACACCAUGGAAUACAGGCUGCAUUAUCUGGAGAGCAAAGUGAAUGAAGACUUGGGGAAGACUCCGACUAUCAUCUCUGAUCUGAAGAGCCAAGUGGAGUCUUUUAAGAGGAAGCUGGAGAGUGUGGAGCACCUGAGCUGGAUGGGUCUAUUUAAGGAGGACAGCGACCAACAGCUCUCCAAGUUGUCCCCAAAACCCAAAACCUCUAAGCUAAGCAUGCACGAGGAGCGCCAACAAGUCCGCAGGGAGUUCCUCAACAUGAGCACGCUGCAGGUGACAGAAGAAGUGAGAGAGCAUCUGAAAACUCCCAUUUUUGACAACUGGCAGUGGGAGGAUGCGGAGAUGCUGGUGCUCCUCCAGGUGAUGUUCACCGACCUGGAGUUCCUGACGGCGUUCCACAUCGAGCUGGACGUCCUGCAGAACUUCCUGUUUAAGGUCUACUGCCACUACAACAGCAUCCCCUUCCACAAUUUCAGGCACUGCUUCUGCGUCACUCAGAUGAUGUACGGGCUCAUCUGGCUGACAGACCUCCAGAGUAAAAUAGCAAGAAUCGACCUGUUGAUCAUGUUGACCUCGGCUCUGUGCCACGACCUCGACCACCCCGGCUACAACAACGUCUACCAGAUCAACGCUCAGACCGACUUAGCUCUUCGCUACAACGACAUUUCCCCCCUGGAAAACCACCACUGUGCCGUCGCCUUCGGCAUCAUGUCCAAGCAAGAGUGCAACAUCCUAAAAAACCUGACCUGCGAGCAGUACAAAUACAUCCGAGGAGGAAUGAUCAAAUGUAUUCUGGCCACCGACAUGGCGAGACACAACGAAAUUCUCAACAAGUUCAAAACAAUGCGGCCGGUGUUCAACUUCACUAACAAGGAGCACAAGGAAGUGCUGAUGAACAUCAUGGUGAAGGUGAGCGACAUCUCCAACGAGGCGAGGCCGAUGGCCGUGGCCGAGCCCUGGCUGGACUGUCUGCUGCAGGAGUUCUUCAACCAGAGCGACACAGAGAAACUCAAAGGACUCCCAGUGACUCCUUUCAUGGACCGAGACAAAGUGUCCAAACCGUCCUCUCAGACCAACUUCAUCCGAUUUGUCCUCCUGCCGCUCUUCAGUGAGCUCACCAAGCUCUUCCCCUGUCUGGAGCAACAUAUUCUUGAGCCAGUGCGACGGGCCCUGGAGUAUUACUCUGACCUGGAGAGAGCCAGCAAGGAGGAGGAGCGGACAACCAAAGCAUGA